CACCGGUUCAUUCCGCCAUCGGCGCCCGCGACGUACGGACGUGUAGAGACGCGAUCGCGAUACCCGUUCUGGGCGGACAACGUGAAAAACCGGAGGAAACUCAACGGAUCUCGUCGACGAGCCGACGACAGUAUCACCGUCGCCGGGACGGAGUGGCGCGCGGCUCGUAGUCGUACGGGAGACGGUAGACGGUCGCGGUCACUGACAGAAUACCUCGAGAUACGAAAAAAACAGGAAAAAGGGUGCGCGGUGCGCGGUUCGCGGGUUCCGCAGGAUCGUGUGAAAACAGUGCGCGACGACACAUACCGCAGAGAGCGGGAGAGGACCCGGGAGAAAACGAACGAGACCGGGACGCAGAGGGAGAGAGAGCGAGAGAAAGAGAGAGAGAGAGACUGUGAGACGAAGAGAGACAGAGUGAGAGAGCGAGAGAGAGAGAGAGAAAGCGAAAGACAGAGAGAUAAAGAGAGAGAAGAAAAGAGAGAUCGCCGAUUGUCCUUUGUGCGAUCGUCUGGUUUAACGACUGGGCUUCUCGUUCCUCGGGACGCCACCGCGACGUGUCGUGCCGGGGCACAGGAAACCAGCGGAGAGAGCAGCAGUCUCGUAGUUGUCUCGUCUCGUCGCGCGUCGCGUCGCGUCGCGUUCGAGAGGGCCCCGAUUCUAACGUCGUGUUAUAUACCUGCUCGUCCCUCUCACAAAGUGCGGGCCCCGAAGGUCUUGGGCUCCGAAGGUCUCUCCCCUCGGCCUCGUGCCUAAGAAGACAGACGUGGAAUGAUACUUCGUCGGGACGGAGGUGUGCUGUGCCCAGGCUCGUCAGGCGCGACGUGACACGCGAGACUCGAUCUCGGAUCGGAACGGGGACGGAUAAUCGACCUAUCGAUUAUCGUAUACAUAUUUUUUUCUUUCGAUCGAGAAGAACCGGCGUGUAAUCGUGUAGACGGUAUAAACGGCGAUCUCUUUGGUGAAGUUCGCUCGGUAAAACGGCACGUACACCGUCGUCGAUCCUCGUCGCAAGUGCGGAAACAAGAAGGAUCCUUGAGGUUCGAGAUAUUGUGACACGGUUGUGCUUCGAUGGAUAAAGAAGUCGCUCGAUCGUAAACCGAUAUAGGUGAGAUCGGCGUAUACAAGUCGCGCUAGUGCCUCGUUUCUUUUUUUUCUCCUUCUUCCUUUUUUUUUCUUUCCUUUUUUUCUUCGUCUUCGUCUUCUUCGCGAGACACGCGUAUCCAUAUACAUAGUACACAUACGUACAUACAACUAUAUAUGUAUAUAUAGAUAUAUACAUAUAUAUAUUUAUAUAAGUACGUAUUUAUGUACGUUUUGUGUUUAUCUUGUUAAUCGAGUACGAUCUAAAAAGUGCAAGCAAGAUAAGCCGCAGGCGUAAACGCACGAGGAGCAGCCGAGAGCCGUUUUAGAUCCCGAUUUAAACGCGAAACGGAGCGAACUAUCCGUUCAGCCCUGUGGAAAUGGAAAAUGGGGUCCAGUUCGUGAAUAGAAGGAUGUCCGAUGUUCCCAUCUUCGGCUAGCCGUGAAAAUUAUGCGAUCUACCUUCACGGUGUGAUGGAGCCUCGUGGAGCCGGCUUUUACUAUGAGUUGAGGCCUCGUAAUUAAAUCGGGACUGGCAUGGAGAAGGAGAACUCCGCGUCGGGCGGAGGCGGCGGAGGUGGCGGAGGCGAAGCGGCGGCCACGGCGACUCCGGGCGCCACCUCCGCCUCCGACAAACUCCAGGCGGACCAGGCCAAUCCGUUGCUCGAUACGACUGCGCUCUUCGGCGCGUAUUGGCCACGGGGCGACAGCGCAGCUUCGUCGCUUUUCGGUGGAAUGCCCGGCGGAUAUGGGUUGGGGGCCCACCAUUUGCCGUCGGCUUACGCCAUCCUGGGCCGAGGUGGCUCUGCUCCCGGUUUUGGGGGCCACACGCCGGCCUCGGCGCCACCGCCACCCCCGUACUCCCAUAGCAGCCUCGGCACUCUGAGCGUGGCUGCCAGUCAAGCUGCGAGUUUAGGUAUAAAUCCUGCGAGCGCAGCAUGGUGGACGAUGGCCUCGCACCUGGCGGCACACGACUACCUCGCGAGGUUACAAGGAGCGGCAGGACUCCCUGGGUUUCCACCUGGUGCCGAGAGCCUCCUGCCACCCUAUCCUGCCUCUCUACUUAAUCCCCCGUCCCUCUCAUCUCACAAGUCCAGUAAGUCUAAGUCAAGCAAGAGUCACAAGACGCCGGCGAACAGCAGCAGCUCGACGACGCCGAGCAUGACGAGCAGCAGUUUGCCGGUCUCGACUCAGGCGCCGGUCACGUCCUCUCAUCACAAUACCUCGGCCAGCAGCACGCCAAAUUCGCAAACGAACGUCGUCAGUUCAGCGAAAGAGGGCAGCGAUCCUAGCAAUAUAUUGGGAGGUGUGCGGCUGCCUCCCGACACGGAGAUCAUCAAGUACACGUCAAGUAUAGUCGGUCCAAAGGUUCCUGGCACAACGAACCGCGGCAGGAAGAAGACCAUAUCCUUGGACACGCCGAGCGUGAGCGUGCACCCACCACCGGUGCCUGCUCUCACCGCUCAUCAGACGAACACGACAACGACGUCGCUGAUGAUGGAGCCGAGAAAGUACAAUCGUGCUACGACUGAGUCGAACGACUACAGGGAACCGGUAGAUCGCGUGGAGGUGAUCAAACUACCGGCGCACUCGACGAACGGAUCCGUUCUACCGGCGCCCACGUCGUACACGACCACCAACGCGAACAGUUCGAACGAUUCGGACGCGCCUCUGAAUCUCUCCCUGAAGCCGGCGACGACGAGCUGUAGCUCGCCGAUCUCCGGCAGCCAGCCGCUCAGUCAGCUCAGCAACCUGAGCCAAUCCUUGCUCGCCUCCGAUCGAACAUUCCCCUUUCAAAUAGAAAAAUUUGAUUCGCGCCCCGCAGCGAGGCGAAAGCCGGGCCCGAAGCCGCGAAGGGUACCGCAGAACUCGGUGCCGGUUCCGGCGUCGCCUAGCCCUUCUUUGGCGCAGCUUUUCGCCGCGGCGGAUUCCCCGCAACGGCCCAGCAGCGGAAGCGAGGAGAGCGAAAGCGCCAGCACGACACAUCACAAGGAUGGCCGGCCGAGGAACUUGGGCCGCGGUGUCUCCAAACCGAAGAAGAACACCGUAGCCUCGUUGCUGGCCCAGAGCAGGGCCCUCGGCAUCAAGCCGACGCCGACUCUGGACCCCAGCGUUCCCCUGUCGCAUCAGGUGUCCUUGCUCAGGUCGAACAUCCUCGCUGCUCAACUGCACGCCACCGCGACCGGCCAGGGCGACGACAAGAACCAACGGUCUUUGCAGGAGAAGAUGAAGAACAAGUUACUGGAGGUGUCCGGCGAGGAGAGCAACAUGGACGUGACCAGCGAGAGCGGCAGCAACACCGACGUCGUGACGGACACCGACGACGACAACACCGACGGCGUUUCGAACGCGAAGAGAAGAAAGGUGAAGCCCAGCGAGAGGGAUCUUCAGGUUCCUCUGGAACGUGGCUGGAAACGAGAGACAGUGAUCAAGGGAUUAGGGAAGUCCGGUGUGAUAAAGGGCGACGUGUCUUACUAUAGUCCUUGCGGAAAGACGUUCAGGAGCAGUCCGGACCUAGCCAAGUUCCUGGAGCAGCAGAACCCCGCGGAGCUGACGACGGCGAACUUCUCUUUCUCGUCCCGGCCGUUGGUGGGCGAGUUUCUUCAGCCGACAAUGGGCCUCGCGGAGGCGGAAUUCGUCAGGCUGGGUGCCCAGGAGGUGGCCAGGAGGCUGGAGGAGCUUCGAGCAGCCGGCGGCUUCAGGGAUGUGCGGACGAACAAUCAGUACGAAAGGGAGAAGCUCGCGUACGCGAAAAAGUUGGCGAAGGAGGAGGCGCAGCGGCACAAGGAGCAAGCCAGGCUGAUCAAGGAGCAGGAGAAGUCGGAACGUCAGGAGGCGGUGAGACGAGAGCGGGAAAUUCGAAAUCAGCAGCUGCUCGAGGGUCGAAAGCGGCUCGCGUUCACGAUCAAGCAGAAAAUGAAGAUCAUCCAAGAGAUCGAACGCGGCAAGAGCAAGAGCGACGUGGCGCGCGAGCUGGGUCUGGCUAGCAGCACGGUGGCCACGAUCUGGAAGAAUCGGGAGAGCAUCGCGGAGAGCUGGAGGAACCGCGACAUGAUGCAACACGCCGACCCCGAAGACGGGAAGAAGUCUUCGUCGGCGGGCGGGCUGCCGUCGGGCUCGACGGCCUCGAGCCUGGCCUCGGUGAGCUCGUUGCCCUCGUUGCCCCCGUUGCCGGCCAGCACGGUCCUCGGCAACGCGAACACCCCGAGCACCGCGGCCCCGCCAUUACCUGCCGCCGUCGUGGUGCCGCCGCCGCCGCCGACGGUCCAGGUGGUGCCGCCGCCCCCGCCACCGCCGCCCCUAACCCUGACGACCGCCUCGACCACGGCCGCCGUCUCCUCGUUGUCCUCGUUGUCGUCGUUGUCGUCGUUGUCGUCGUUGUCGUCCUCGUCCGCCCCGUUGCCGUUGACGCAGUCGCAACCCACCACGCAGUCCACCACGCCAAUCUCCAGCACCGCGUCCACAGGCACCACCACCACCAACGCCAGCAUGGACAAUACCCAGCAGGCCCAGACUCAGACGCAAAGUCAGGAGCUUCUGGAGGCCCGGAAAAAACGGCAGGAAGAGCUGGAGAAGAUACGGCUGGAAGAGCAACAACGGAAGCAACAGGAACGAGAACUGAAGCGGCAACAGGCGGUCAUGUUGAAGGAACAGAUGUACAUGCAGGAGCUCACCAAGCAGCGCGAGAUGCUCUACACCGUCGAGCUGGAGAGAGAGAGAAGGAGACAGCACAUGGCGUUGGUGCGAGCGCUGGAGAACCGCCGGAAGAUGGAGGAGAGAGAGAAGAAGCGUCUCGAGGCGAGGGCCGAAAGAAUAGCGUCGAAAGAGAAGCGCGCCGAGCAAAGGAAGAUGGAGAUGGAGCUGAUCGAACAGAUCAGGAAACCUGUCGAGGACAUGGAGCUGACAGAUCAUAGAGCGUUGCCGGAGCUGAAGAGACUGCCGGGGCUCAAGCUGUCCGGUCAAGCCUUCUCGGACAUCGUGAUGGUGUUCGAGUUUCUGCACAAUUUCGGGGAAACCCUGGGCUUCGACAUGGACUCGCUGCCGAGUCUGAAGAGUCUCCAGCUGGCGUUGCUGAACGACGAGGAAGCCGAGGAAGAGAUGCUGUCGGUGAUGACGCACCUUCUGGUCUGCGCCAUAGAAGAUCCCGGCAUCCCCCAGCCAGCAAGACACACGACGGGCCUCGGCCAGAGUCUCCGACAGGCUGACAUUACGCACGCGAACAUCAGCGAGGUGCUACGGAUUUAUUUGUACGCGAACGCGACCGGCGAGGUGAAGGCAUUGACCGGCGUCUGCCUCGAGAGGGAACGCGACAAGAAGUUCGCCGAUCAUCAUCAGAACGGCGGCGACUACGCGUCCACCUGCUCGGGCAAGAACGCUCAGUUCUACGAACAUCUACACAACAACGAGACCUGGAGGAUGUCCGAGAGGCUGAGGGACAAGCCGUUCCUGGCGCUGAACCCGACGCACAAGGCGCAGAUGCUCGCGUUUCUAUGCAACGAGCUGCUGCAGAACAAGGCUGUGAUCAGGCAGAUCGAGGGGAGCUUGGAAACCGUCGCUCAGCUCAGGAAGGAGAGAUUCGUCCUGGACACUAAGAUCAGAAAGCUCAGACAACUGCAUAGCCGAAAGGUGAGGAUGGAGGCAGUUGGCGUGAUCGUGAACAAGACAGGGGACACGAUCACCAUAGAGAAGAAGGAGGUCGACGAGGAAGGGAACUCGACGUCGACGGCAGUGGGAACGACGCCCACGCCCGACGAGAGUCACCACGAGGACGAAGUUGAAGACAUGUCGGAGAACGAGAGCGAGGGGACUCAGCCUGAGGAGGAGGAGGACAAGAAUUUAUCCGGCGAGGAACUCGGCAAGAAGUUGGACAAGCUGCUGAAACAGUCGGAGGAGCAGCUGCAGAAGCUGAACAGCUCGUCGAAGCAGCUCCGGGCGCACAUAUUCGGCCAGGACAGGUACUGGAGAAGAUACUGGGAGCUAGCGUGCGCCGGCGGCAUCUUCGUCGAGGCGAUGGAGAGCGCGGAGCCGGAGACCUUGGAGCUGCAGGCGGAAUUGGAUGAAAAGUACAAAAACAUGCCGAUCGAGGAGAAGCCCAAAGCGAAGCAGGAAGACACCAAAGGGAACUCCGAGAAUCGGGAGAACGAGGCGCCGAACGACGUCAAGGAGGAGAAGAAAUACAACAUGAACGAUCAAGAGGAGGACGUCAAGCCGCAGUUGGAGAAAACGAAGCCGGAGGUGGAGGACGUCAACUGCAAGAAGGAACAUGUGCAGAAUUGCGGCACGGAGAACUUGACGAGUAUCAAGGAGGAAAGGAAACACGAGGUGGACGGCAUGAGCGACGCGAAAACCAACGUCACGUCCGAGGAGAUCAAGCAGGAGACCGAGGUGGUUAAUAUGGAUGUAGACGUCAUGGUCGAGGACUCCAAGAAGGAGAACGAGGACAUGGACGAGGACAUGAAGCCCGUGAAGAUGAUGGAGGACAAGAUCGUAGAAACUAUUCCAAAUGGCGACAAGUUCAACCAUGUUAACAAUCUUCAUAACGGCAAGGAGCUGAACGGCACUUUCAUCUCGAGUAACAGCAACGAGUCCAGCUGGUUUUCCAUUCUGCCACGCGAAACUUGCGACACGCCCGGACCUAGCACCAAACAGAUCUUCGGGAUAGCCGAACCGACUGAACUCAGAAUACCAGUAUUCCCACCCCCGGCUAGCCCGAACUACGACAGGUGCGACAGUCCGGCCCCCCUGAUCCUGACCCAAGACGAAGCGGUGCAGCUCGAGUACCUGAAGGUGCACGGUCUGCCGCCUCCCGGAGAAGCCAAGCCUGUACCAAAAGAUCUGCGGUACGGCUGGUGGAGAAUAACGGACGUCGACACGUUUCAAGAGCUGCUGGAGCAUCUCCAUUCGCGCGGGGUGCGCGAGAAGGAGUUGAAGCGCACCACGUGGGCGACGAUGGAGUCCUUCCUGGCAGUGACAGGCAGGAUCAACGUGGACCCUGGUAACCUGACCGCCACCGAACUCCAGGCGACACCCGACGAACCCGACAUACUGAUCCCGAUCCCGAAGCCGGACAAUCCGGAGGUUUGGAGCGAGCAGGUCGCGUUGCGGGUGGACGCGCAGCUCUUGGAGCAGGUCGAAGCUCUCGAGGACAAGGUCGCGAACGCCAGCAUGCAGGUCAAAGGCUGGAAGCUCCCUCCGCGGGCGGGCACCGAGGAGGCCGAGGAGAUCGAGAAGCUGAACGAGAUGGAGAAGAUCAGCGCCGUCGAGCAGGCACGGCAGAGGUUACUGUCCUUGGAGGCAGCGAUAGAAAGGAGAUACCUGAAGCCGCCGUUGGGAGUCUGCACCGGAGAUCCGAAUCUGGCAGCCCUGAAGGCGGAACAAGCAGCGGCCGCGAAUGCGAACUCGAAUAACUCGGAUCAGAACAGUCAGACCCCGGUGCCUCAAGAGGAGACAACGCCCAGGGGGUUGAACAACUGGCGCGAUGCAACGGCUCGAGCCCACACGUCGGCUCAGCUCGCCAUGGCGCUAUACAUGUUGGAGGCCAGCAUCGCUUGGGACAAGAGCAUCAUGAAGGCUGUGAGUCUAACACCAGCUAGAAACUCGGUCUGCGUCAAGCUACGAAACCGCUGCGUCUCACUCAAAGCUACCAAUCAGUACAAUCAGCUAUUGACUACUUCUCAGGCCUCUAACUGCCAGUUCUGUCAUAGCGGAGACAACGAGGAUAAGUUGCUAUUGUGCGAUGGCUGUGACCGUGGCUACCAUACUUACUGCUUCCGUCCAAAAAUGGAAAACAUUCCUGAUGGUGACUGGUAUUGUCACGAGUGCAUGAACAAAGCUACAGGUGAGCGGAAUUGUUUGGUGUGCGGGAAGAGGGUUGGUAAAAACUUGGUGCUGUGCGAACUCUGCCCACGCGCUUAUCAUACCGACUGUCACAAUCCUGUUAUGCCAAAAAUGCCAAGGGGUAAAUGGUAUUGUUCAAAUUGCCACAGUAAACAACCAAAGAAGAGGAAUAGUAGUCGAAGGAGUCAUACCAAAGGGGGAGGCACCAGAGAAAGUGAAAGUUCAGAUCAUCCACCAGCUAGUCCAACGCCGUCAACGGCAUCGAACACGCACGUAGAGGACGUCAGUUCAUCGGAACCGGCAACCCCUACCGCGUCGCCACGGAAGGAGGGGAACAAUAGGACGCUCACGAAGAAACAGCAACGAGAGUUGGCUCCGUGUAAGGUGCUACUCGAACAGUUGGAGCAACAGGACGAGGCCUGGCCGUUCCUUUUGCCGGUGAACACCAAACAGUUCCCGACCUACAAGAAAAUCAUUAAAACGCCCAUGGAUCUCAGUACGAUCAAGAAGAAAUUGCAGGACUCCGUGUACAAGUCUCGCGAUGAGUUUUGCGCCGAUGUCAGACAGAUGUUCAUCAACUGCGAGGUAUUCAACGAGGACGACAGUCCCGUGGGCAAGGCGGGACACGGGAUGCGCAGUUUCUUCGAAAUGCGCUGGACCGAGAUUACCGGCGCGCCACCUCCGCAUCCACAAACACAUAGCUGAGGCUCGGUUCGAUCUCGCAACACCUGCAACAGUUUUGCCCACUUCUACUACUAGAAGGCUAGCCCUCCCCCCGUUCCUCCUCCUUCGACGAGAGAAGAUCGUCGUCGUCGUCGUCCGGAAGUCGUCGAACACUGAGACUGAGAGGCGAGCAAUCGACCAACCGACCAACCAACCAACCAAUCAACCAACCAACCAACCAACCAACCGAUCAACCUAAUCAACCACCCCCGCGUUGAUCGCCCUGUGUCGCCGGUCGGCCUCGUUCUAGCGGCCGACCCUAACGUUCCACGAGACCCCUAAACGCUGACUACCGUAGAGAGACCCCGUGCGAAUCGUGCGAACACUCUGUGAGGGCUCGUCGUUAACGCGCGCGCGUCCAACUCGCCUCCUCCUACGAAAAUACGCGUGAACGACGCACGCGUCGGCGGCGCUUCUCGCGUUUACUACCGCAGGUUCGAUACUCGAGAAAAUAGUCCUCCCUUAUUGGCGAAGCAUCCCUUCUUAAACGGCUGGCACCUUCCCGUAGCGAACGACGAAAGACAGAGAGAGAGAGAGAAAGAGAGAGAGAGAGAGGCGGAUCCCUUUCCUUCGUUCGAAUUCCUGACUCGUCGAGGUGCGGCUUCCGCCGAGCGAAAAAAAGUUCUGUAUUUAAAACGAAGCUAGGGAUCGUUUCCAAGUUAGGAGCGUUUUCGAAGCCGAGGAGAGCUUCACGGAGAAAAAAGAGACUCUCUCGAGAAAAAUUCCGUAGAAUUCCGUUUUACGGAGGCUAAGACACCCGCGACUUCCGGCCUGCGGGGGAAACCCUACGUCUGCCGGAAGCCGGAGAAAUUGAAACACAAAAGUGUCGGAUGGAAAACACGACGAUGGUCACUGUACUUACCCGAGUUUAAGAAUUUUUGCCUAAGCGAACGAAAGAGAAACGGAGAGAAAGAAAGAAAGAGAGAGAGAGAGAGAGAAAGAGCGAGAGAGAGAGAGAGAUUGAGAAAGAGAGAGAAAGAAAGCGCGCGAGAGAGAAUUGUGUAAUUUGCGAAUUGUAUCAUACAGGCUUAGCGCCGAGCCCGGUUUCGGCAAAAGAAAUAUUUUGCAAAGUAAUGAAUGUGAAAAGAUACAGAGAAGAGACGUAUAUAAAUCUCUAUAUAUAUAUAAAUCUCUCUCUCUAUAUAUAUGUAUAAAUAAUGAAUAUAGUGUACAUGUAUACUAUAUAGAUAGUCACGUCACACGGAAACAUUUUGCAACACUCUCACCACCCACACGUUUCAAACACCUGUUUGCCCGCGCGCGAUCGAAUCAGCACGAGACAAAGGGGUAACAUUCUAAUGCUACAGAGCAAGAUACAAUAGAGACCGAGUCAGUCAGUCAAAGUCAGUCAAUCAGUCAGUCAGCAGUCAGUCAGUCAGUCAGUCAGCAGUCAGUCAGUCAGUCAGUAAGCAGUCAGUCAGUCAAGUCGAGUCAAGUCAGUCAGUCAGUCGAGUCAAGUCAGUCUUUGUCGAUCGAGGACCGAUAUUUCAAAUGCCAUUCCAGGGAGAUCUUUCAUACGAUUUUAUCAUUUCUUUUCGUUCGAUUCGCUUUCUCGUACACUAGAGUCACGGUUGAAAACGGAAAUGAUGGGACGUGACGAUUCGCUGGUUCUUGGCGAAAAUGGAACGAGAAGUAGACAACGGAUUCGAACGUUCUCGCGAAAUUCACGUUCGCCGUGAUCGUUGCACGUACACUGCAAAAGUUCGAAUGCGUGCGUUGUCCCGAGUCAUUGUUUUUAUUCAAUUCACUGCCGAAAAAAUAAAAA